UCAAUACUUCAAGAAACCAGUUCAAUGUAGCUCUACCUGUAUUAAACUCUACUGUAAAGUUUUAAGUAAAGUUUUAAGUUUUCUUGUCAUUAUUAAAAUUAUUUAUCGUCCCCUAGUUUUUGUUUUAUUUUGCUUUGAUUAUCGCAAUGGAUAACUCAGCUAAUGAUCAAGAGGAUUUGAUUGCAUUUCUUGAAGAAGCUGAUCUUGAGCAGUAUUAUGGGUGUUUUAGGGAUAUUUUGAAAGUCACAAAAUUAUCACAGCUGAAGUUUGUGGCUGUUGAAGAUUUAAUUCAAAUUGGACUUUCAAAGCCAGAACAACGAAGAUACAAGAAAUUGUAUUCAAGAUACUUCCCGAACACAUAUAUAACUAAACUGAAGAGACUUAUAAGCGGCCACAGAAAGGCAGAUUUAAUGAAACAGGAGCAAAUAAAUGUAACACUUGAUGUACAAACAUCAGACAUGAAUGUAAAAGUGCCUACAAAACACAUUAUUUCAAUUGAGGACAUUACAAUUAAUAAGGAACUUGGUAUGGGACAGUUUGGAGUUGUGCAGCAAGGCACAUGGAAUACUGGAAAUCAAAGACUGCAAGUGGCAAUCAAAUGCCUUGGAAAUGAAAAGAUGACAUCAAACUCAACAGAGUUCCUCAAGGAAGCAGCGGUGAUGCAUAGUAUUGAACAUCCUAAUAUUGUACGCUUGUAUGGAGUUGUAUUGCAUUUAGAUUCUUUGAUGUUGGUGACUGAACUUGCACCAUUGAGAUCGCUUCUUGAGUGUUUGAGGGAGGUCACAUUGCGUAUUGACUUCUCUGUAGCUGUGCUUUGUGAGUUUGCGGAACAGAUCUGUGAUGGAAUGACUUACUUAGAGAAGAAAAGACUGAUACAUAGGGAUUUGGCAGCUCGGAACAUCUUAGUAUUCUGCAAGGAUAGAGUGAAGAUAUCCGAUUUUGGUCUGUCCCGAGCUCUGGGAGUUGGAAAAGACUACUACCAGACAAAUUAUAAUGUGAAUCUCAAAUUGCCAGUAGCUUGGUGCGCCCCGGAAUGCAUCCUCUACCUUAGAUUCACUUCUGCAAGCGAUGUUUGGGCAUUCGCUGUGUGUCUGUGGGAGAUGUUCACGUAUGGAUUCCAGCCGUGGGCUGCUUUCUCAGGACAACAGAUCCUUGAGGCCAUUGACGCUCCCAAUUUUCAGCGUUUGGAGCGUCCCGAUUGUUGCCCCGAUUCUUAUUAUUCAUUGAUGUUGGAGUGCUGGUCGCAUGAUCCAAACGAUCGACCAAAAUUCAAAGACCUUGCCAUCAAAUUGCGUGGCAUACGUCCUGAGGAGGUCCAGGCCAUAUCUACGUAUAAGAAACAUGAAGAUGGCAGGCGAAGCAACUUUCUCGAAUACAAGACGGGACAAAAGAUCACCGUGAUCGGGAAACAAAAUUAUACUAAAUCUGCUAUGUGGUAUGGAGUGCUGCCAGGCGGUGCGUGCGGACUUUUCGAUCCAAAUCAAACCAAACCUUAUGUAAAGCCCGAGCGAAGUUUGCCUGGCUCACUGUCUCAUCCAACUCGCAAUUCAACUCGUAACAUUCGAUCAUCCCUAUUGCGGUCGGAUCUCAAAAGACACACAUACUCCGGCAAACGUACCAUACAGAGAAGCAUGAUAUCAAGCCCACAGGGUGACGUUAAACACACCAGCCACUUUGGCCUUGACGGUGCAUACUUUGGCGAUAUAUCCUUCUUGGAUUCCGCCGGCAUUCCACCACGGCAGGUGGUGACUCCGUACAAACCAUCGGAGGAUCUGGAGCAGAUGCCGCUCAUAAAUCCUCACUCGCCAUCCCAUUUCAGCGCCUUCCCGCUGCUUGAUUCACCAAAACAGGAUAAUGAUACAAACCCUGACGGCAAAUUCAAAGGAAUGAUAAGACCUCUCAAAACCAUCAAUGAGCCGACUACAAGUAAAAGUUUCAUCUACAAGGUAAGGUCAAAGGUGAAGAGUGCUACGUUGGGACGUUCGAACAAGAGCGAUGAGGGUGAUAACAACAACGAGGUCCACGAGUACCACGAGAUAUCCGACACCGAUACGGAGAGUAUUGCUGCUGAAAACAAAGGUGAAGGCACUCCAGAGAGUCCUGGGAUUGUUGUAAAGAGCUAUGCUGACUUCAGCAAGAGUCUUCUAGAAGAAAUGGAGACUAUCUUCCGCAGUCUAGAACACAAGCGGGGUGACGAACCGAUACUUGAAACAAGGAUACGUAUACGCAUCGUGAGAAUCAAGGAAAGUGAUGUUGAAGCAGCCUUGAGGCUCCAUAAUGUGAACCAGUUGGAGAAGAGGAAGGGUAACUCUGGUACAAUGAAACCGAUGUCGGCCCACGAUGAAAAAACUCUCAAUACGGCCGUGGCUAUGGCCAAUGAGAUUACUACCAAGUCCAUGAACGAUCUCGGCGGUGUGACCAAGCCAUUGAACUCACCGAGCUCCAAAUUCCACUUCAGGUUCCCGUUAGUGACAUCGCUUAACACCCACAGCAUCCAUCACGAAUCUCCCAAGGAAAAUGGAGUCCAACACCGCAACUUCACGGAGCAAGCGAGAAGCGUUCCUGAUAUACAGGCUUCCCUCACUGAGGAGAGUCGUCAGGCGUACGUGAGUUUGAUCGAACAGCCUGUACCAUCACGAGCUAUGAGGGCCCAGUUGUCCCGCGAGAUGCCAAGCACGUCCGGACUGCACUACACACCGCCGCCGCCGCCGCCUCCGCCGUCCAUCACACCGCAUGUCACGAUGCCUAAAAUUGAACAUGAGCUUGGAAAUUCUUCACAGGAGUCAGAUUCAAGUGAUGACGACGAUGACAGCGAGAGCGGAAACGUCAUUCCACUACCGCCUCGGGGCACCAAGCCGAAAUUAGUUGAAAAACCGCGCCACGUUCGUAAAUAUCCUCUGCGUCUACCAAACGAGCCACCCGCGAGCGUAGUGCCAGAGCGUCCAGCGGCUGCUAUAUAUCAGAACACGAUCACUUGCGCCAUCCACGGAGUGCAGAUUGUAGACGGGCCAGUACCGGGGCCGAGUGGUGUCGACGUGUAUGAUGGCCCAGAACAUAAAGACACCAAUCCGUUUAAUUCCAUGCAGGACAGCGCCUCGCCUUCAGUGAACCCAUUCCAAUGUUACAUAUCAGAUAAUGUCGACGACAACUCCGAUGACGAGUAUGAAGGCCCCGUUCAAGUCGAUGGACCUGGGGUUAUAGAAGUCUCUCUAUCCAAAGAUCAUGUAUCAGUGGAGGAUUUGCUAGAGUUUGCUGAUCAAAAGCCGUCAGCUCAGCAGCGCGGCGUCGAGUCUGAUGAAGUCAGGAUUAUGAACAAAGUCCUCAAACUUGAAGUUUCACCGGAAGAAUGUCUUGAAGCUUUGGAGUUCAGCAACUGGAAUGUCCACAACGCUAUCAAAGUGUUGCGCGUCAAGAUAGCAUCCAAGAAUGACAAAGUAUCUCUGGAAGAAUGCCAACGCGAACUGGAUUCAAAUGACGGAGAUAUACUUAAAGCAGCGAAACUCCUCCGCGAUCACAAGAUCAGCGAGUAAUCAUAUAUUUAUUGGAUGUACGUAGUGAUAGUAUCAAGUACUUAUUGUCUAAGACGUCUUGCCCAUUUAAACCUUUAAUUAUGAUAUCGUUAAAACAAUAUUCUUCAAAAAUACCACUACUAUGUCUUCUGUUUGGUGCCAAUUAUAUGAAUGCACCAUUUUUAAAACUUUGUCAAGUAGUAGGGGUUUAGAACUAAUUAUAUUAUGUAAGGUUUAAAUAAACUAUUCGUCUUUACUGACGAAGCAUUUAUAAAUGACUUAUAAAGAACCUCUGAACAUUUUUGCCAUUGAUAAGAAGUGAAUGCACACAUACGAAAUUAAUUGAUAUAUCAACAUUAGGUGAUUUUUUUCGAUUUCAUUGAUGUUAUAAAUCAACAAGUACUACACAAGUCUUUAUGCCAGAAACGAAAUUUUUACAAAAUACAAAACAUUGAAACAUGGUUGUGCUGCGAGGAUUCUGUUUCAUUGCUAUGUUUCGUCAAUAAAAAUGUAUAGUGAAGUAUUAAUGUUCAAGUACUUAAUUAUUAUAAUUAGAUGUAUGUAGUUGUUAACGGUAAUCGUUCUUCAAAUCAAUUUCAUUAUAUAAUCAAUACAUCCAUUUACGAGAAAUUAAAUGACGAUUGUAACCAUUUAAAUUAUUCUAGUCUCAUUCUACGUAUUGGUAAGAGCUGAUUAGUAUUUACGUUAUCGCUAUUUUGUCAACGAGUAUACGUAUUUUUACCUACUAUUCGGUUUCUCGAUUACUCUGUCGACUUUUAUUAUUCUAUUUGAUGUCUUUUUUUUAUUCUAUGCAUUUGUUACUUAACUUUUACUAUUAUUAAUUUCUACUGUAUUUCAUGUUAUUUUAUACAAUAUACUUGUAUUAAUAUUAAGUUGCGAUAUCUUAUACUGAUAGAUAUUGACGGUCUACGACUAACUCGUAUAUGAAUUUACAAAAUAUUUUAUAGUUUAGCAAUUUAUAUAUUCGAACAUUUUAUAUUACUCUUAAAAAAAUCUCUUAAUUGCUUCGGCUCAAGCGGCCACCAGCUUCGUAGAUUUUAGUCUGUUUCAAUACAAUUAAAAUAGGAAUAGGAUGUAGAUCCAGUGCUAUUUUGUGAUAUUCUGUGAAACUCAGAAGGGAUACUUGGGUUCUAGUAAAUGUCGUUAUAAUUAUAUUUGCCUAUAUUUUGUUCACAUAUUAAUUUGAACCGUUCACCUUUGAUGCAUUAAAUUCAUUCAAUUAAAAUCGUUAAUGAAAUUCCAUGUCACUGUCGUCAUAAAAAAUAAUAUAUCGAAUUAUUAAAUUCUUACAGUUUGGAUCUAUAACAAACAUGAAUUAUUGGUUUAUUACUAUUAUUAUUUCUUUGGUUUUCAAAGUUUCUUCUUGUUUAUAAAGUUUUUGUAAAACUAUUUAUCAAUAAGUUAAUUCCUACUCACGUCAUGGAGACGCAUCACAAAGACGGCGUGGACCAAUCGUAAUCUUAUUUGUAAUUGUCUUGACAACACAAUGUUUUUGCCAAAAAUCUCGAUGUUAAAAAAUAAACUUUGAUGAAUUACUCAAUAAAUAUUGGAAAAAU